AUUGCUUCAGCAAGAGCUGCUAAAUUCGUUAUUUAUCGUUCUGUCGACUUUGACUUUUCGGCGAGCAGCCUUCGGCCGGUAACCGGCGCUGAGCCGUGGCUAACACAUGACUAGGCAGCUGGACCUAAAAAAACAUUGACGAAUUGACAAAUGUGCGAGUUGGAUUCGCAACCUCACCCACUAUACUAGCUAGCUUUAUCUGUUCAGCUAACGCUAAGCUCUAUCGACGCCUCCUCUGGUCUACACACAGCCUAUGACGUGCAGCUAACUUAGCACAUCCAACCAAGCUAGCAGUACCUAACAACGUUACCCCUUCACACGAAGUAAUGCCACCGAGGUGAAUCCACUGUUAAACCAACAUGAUGGCAGGUUCCCAGUGGGAUCUUCCUCCAGAGCUUUGUUGUCGCCCCAUGGCCUUUGUUGCUCUAACUGGUCUGGAUGUAGUGUACAAUGCUGUGCAUCGGGCCAUUUGGGAUGCCUUCUGCGCCAACCGGCGAGCAGACCGAGUGCCUAUCUCUUUCAAAGUCCUUCCAGGAGACCAUGAAUACCCCAAAUGUCGCACAAAGCGAACAUCCUAUGAGUGGUACAUCCCCAAAGGCAUCCUGAAAACAAGUUGGAUGAAUAAACAUCUGAACCUGGUUCCAGCUCUGGUUGUUCUUUUCUACGAACUGGACUGGGACGACCCACAAUGGAAAGAGAAACAAUCUGAAUGUGCAACUAAAGUGGAGAUUGUCAGGACCAGUCUUCAGGGCAGGAACACCAAGGUGGCUGUGGUUCUCAUCCAGAAGAAAACUCCUCUACCCCCAGGAGAGGACCUGGUAGCAUCAGAGAGAGCAGCUACUCUUUGUAAUGCCUGUGAUCUGUCUGGAAAGAGUCUCUUUGUACUGCCACACACCGACCACUUAGUGGGCUACAUUAUAAGGUUGGAGAAUGCUUUCUACGAACAUGCUCAGACUUCCUACUACACUGAGAUCCGUCGAGUCAAAUCGCAUAAAGAGUUCCUUAACAAGACAACACAUCAGCUGCUGUUUGUCAGACACCAGUUUAAGAUUGCCUUCUUCAGUGAGCUGAAACAGGACACCCAGAAUGCUCUCAAGUACUACAGAACUGCAUACAGUCUCGUUCAUGAGCUCAGGGCCCAUGAGACCAACAUGCUGGAAAUCAAAACUAUGGCAGGAUUCAUCAACUAUAAGAUCUGUCGUCUGUGUUUCCAGCAUAACACUCCUCUCGAUGCUAUCGCCCAGUUUAGGAAGCACAUUGACCUUUGUAAAAAGAAGAUCGGCAGUGCUGAACUGGCAUUUGAGCACUCUGCAUGGAUGUCUAAACAGUUCCAGUCGUUUGGUGAGCUGUUUGAUGAAGCGAUAAAGUUGGGUCUGACAGCCAUCCAGACCCAGAACCCUGGUUUCUACUACCAACAAGCUGCCUGUUAUAGCCAGGACAGGAAACAACUGGCACAGCAGCUUUGUCAGGCUGGAGCAUCUCCCUCUUCUGAACCAGGGGACACCCAUACUGGGGGACUGGACUUCUAUGGCCAGAGACCAUGGAGACAAGGCCACCAGAGUAUUGAUCCUCCAGAUGCAGAGAAAGAGAAGACUGGGAUUCUGGCCCUGCAGAUCAAAGAGAGAGAUGUUCCACAUUCUGAGCUGAUAAUAGCACUUCUCAGUAAUGCUGUUGCUCAGUUUAAGAAAUACAAAUGCCCUCGAAUGAAGAGUCACCUCAUGGUGCAGAUGGGAGAGGAAUACUACUAUGCUAAAGACUACACCAAAGCCCUUAAGCUGUUGGACUAUGUGAUGUGCGACUAUCGCACAGAGCGAUGGUGGGGCCUCCUGACUGCCAUAUUGACCACCGCUCUGCGCUGUGCUUAUCUGAUGGCCAGUGUUAAAGACUACAUCAUAUACUGCAUGGAGCUGCUGGGCAGAGCUUCAACCUUGAAGGAGGAACACAAGUUGAGGAUUGAGAAGAAUCUCAUCCAAGUCCUGAUGAAUGAGGUCCCUGACGCUGAGCCGGAGUGUGAUCCAUCCUCUGACGUUGCAGCCAGGUCGCUGUGGAACGACCGCAUGGCUUUGGCUGGUUCAAAUGAGCUUACUAUAGAAGUGCAGGACUACAUCACAUUCAUUCAGUGUAAGGCCAAGUUCCAGUGUCCCAGUUUCCAUGUUGAUCAGCCCAUUCAACUCCAGGUCUUCCUCCGUGCCGACGGUCCUCAUCCUGUAUCUUUCAAAAAGCUGGCUGUCAGCCUCAGUAACCAGGAGUACAACCAGUGGUGUGUGGUAGAGUCUGCCGGUCAGGAGAGUAUGAGCCUUUUGCCGGGAAAAACUAAAAGCCACAACUUCAGCUUUGUAGCGAAGACCGACGACGUUGGCAAGAAGAUUGAGCUGACCGGUAUUGAGCUGAUGCUGGGCAGUGACAGUGGCCGCUGUGUGUUUCUGAACUGGAGAGGGGCGGGUGGAGAUGCAGCCUCUACCCAUGAAGCCUUGCAGGCUAGCAGGUCAUCACGACAAUGGGGACGGGAGGUGGAGGCACGUAAAGAGCUGGACUGGGACAGCUUGACCAUGCAGCAAAGUACCAUGAUCAUCUCCAGAGUCCCAAAGAUCUCUGUUCAGCUUCGCCACCAGCCUCCUGCACUAAACAAUGAAAUGUACUGCAUCAAUCUCACUAUCCAAUCACAGGAGGCUGUCGUUGCAAAGGGUGUCAAACUGACAGCUGGCCUUAAACCAGGCCAGGAUGCCAAUCUAGGCCAGACCACGCACGUGUCCCUCGAUGGCUCAAAGGUUUGUGAUGACACUGCACCUGCUUUGCUCCCUGACGUUCCUCUAGGAGAUCUGAAACCAGGAGAAAAGUUGGAGAGAUGCGUAUAUGUGAAUUGCGUGUCAACUGGAUCAAGGGUGUUCCUGUUUCAUGUGGCCUACAGCAUCGACACCACAGUGGAAGGACGUCGGAUUGUCUGCAAAUGUCAUAAGGAUGAGACGGUUACCAUAGAAACAGUGGUCCCAUUUGAGGUGUCUGUCAAGUUUGUAUCCACCAAGUUUGAGCCACUGGACCAGGUGGCGGUGGACAUCCCCUUCCUGUUGAUGACAGACAUCCUGUCAUUGUCACCAUGGCCUCUUCUGCUGGCCUCUUCUUCUCUGGAGCUGAUUACGAUGAGCACAAACACACAACAGCUGCAGUCACAGCUACAGGAAGUCAUUUUGCAGACAGACGAGUGUGCCAGUGAGUGUUUCUGUCUCCGGUGUCCAGCGCUGGCCAACAGCAAUAACACUGUAGCUACAGGACAGUACCUGAUAUCAUGGAGGAGAAAGUCCUCCAGUGCCAACAGUCCUUUCAUCCAAACUGUCAUCACUCUACCUCAUGUCAUCCUGGAGUCUGUUCCUCUUUACAUCCACGCUGAGCUCCCAUCAUACGGGCGAGUCCGGGAGUCUCUUUCAGUUCGCUACCACAUCGAAAACAGAACGUCUCUGGUGCAGGAGGUGGUGAUGGCUGUUGAACCGUCUGAUGCCUUCAUGUUCUCUGGACUCAAACAGGUACGUCUGCGUAUCCUUCCGGACUCAGAGCAGCAGAUGCUGUAUAACUAUUACCCUCUGAUGGCUGGGUACCAAACAUUACCACAGCUCAACAUCAGCCUGCCCCGCUGCCUGACCACCAACACACACACACUGAGACGCUUCCUGCCCCAACGCAUCUUUGUCAAGCCUCAGGGUCGACAGCUGGAUGAGGCCUCAAUUGCUGCAGCUUGAGAAGAACAGAUAAACUGCUUACUGUAAAUAUGAGAGCAAAGCAACAUUGUGUGGAUUGUUCUAGAUGUAUGGCACUAUUAACCUGUGACAAUAUUAACACAAGUUGUUUGUUUUACAUUGUUCUAUAAAAACACACCAGGAAAACCAUGGGUUUCCAAAAAAUCAGGAGGAAAUUGUUUCUGUUCAGUCAGUGUGAUGACUUAAUGAGCACGAUGGUUGGCGAAUGAAUUGAUAAACUAAUGUUCAUUUAACAAUUAAAAUCACGUAUGGAUUUGAUGGAAGCAAAGUUGAAAUUUGGGUUGAGUGUAAUAAAUAAAAAUCUAAUGUAUUGAAAGUUUAAAUAAAUGGAAGUAAUGUAAACUA